UUCUGCGUUUAUAGUGUAGUUCAAUACUCUAAAUGCCCAUCGCCAUCAUUCGUUCGUUCGGUGUGCGUGUGUUUCAAGCACGAAUCUGAGCAGCUCCCGCUUGAUACAGCUUUUAUCUAAUUUUUAACACAUUUCUGUGCAGUAAAAGGUGUUUCAUACUACAGUAACUGUAGAUACGCGUACCGUACAGCACGAGUUGUACCGUAGAUCUAUUGGAAAGCGGCAGAAAGAAGAACAUCCUCAGCACCACCACCUACCUUCGACGUCACGAAGGCCCGCAUCAAGAACAAAAUGGUUGACAAAAUCGAGAUGAGCCUGGAUGAAAUCAUCAAGUCGCAGAAAUCGAGUCGUCCGCGAGGCGGUGGCCGUUCCGGUGGAGCCGGUCGCGGGAAUCGUCGUGCGGGUGCCAGCGGUAGCGCCAAUGCACGGAACGGCUUCCGUGCGGGUCAGCGUAACGGUGGUGCCAGCGGCGGUGGCGGUGUCCUCAAGGGACGCACUCGUGGUGGCAUCUCCCGGGCACGCUACGGGCGGGGCGACGUGAACAGCGCAUGGAAACAUGAUAUGUACGAGGGACCACGCAAAAACCGUCUCCUGGCGACGGCCGGCAUCGGCGGACUUGGCGGUGGACCGGGCGGUGCGGCGAAGCUGCUAGUUUCGAACCUGGACUUUGGCGUGUCGGAGACGGACAUCAACGAGCUGUUUGCCGAGUUUGGGCCGCUGAGAAGCGCCUCGGUACAUUACGACCGAUCGGGACGAUCGCUGGGAACCGCGGACGUGGUGUUUGAACGGCGGUCCGAUGCGAUCAAAGCCAUGAAACAAUACAACGGAGUACCACUGGACGGGCGACCCAUGAGCAUUCAGAUGGCCACCUCAGAAAUUCCUGCCCCGCGCGUUCCCCGUCCGGCUGCACUGGCAGCCGCAUCGUCUGGCCGUUCCCCUCGCAAACCGACCGGUGGUCGGGGAGGUGCUAGUGCUGCAGGCAAAUCCCAGGGCCGUGGUGGUCGCGGCGGUGGUAGCGGCGGCAGACGCCAACCACGGGAAACGAAAACCGCCGAAGAGCUGGAUGCCGAGCUGGAUGCCUACACCAAAGACAUGAAGUAAGGGUGGCAGAAACAAAAACAAAACGGGGAAAACGGAUAAUCGCUGUUCGGCAAACAUUCAUCCUUCGCCUGGCGGCUGUGGUUUGCACACCAACACACCCACACACUCAAAAAAUAAUGGACGGCGGUCGAUGGGAUGGUGGUGAUUGUGAAUGAGAAUGGCGUGGACGUAUAUUCCGUGCAGCAGCGGAAAGUUCGAUAACAACGGAGAAGGACAAGCCACUCACACACACACAAACACACGUUUUAUUUGACUUUACUUUAAAUUUCAUUCGUAACGUCGUAACAUGACUUGUACAUAGAAAGAUAGUUUACUACCUCUAUUCGAAUGCGGUCGGUAACCGGACGGUGAAGAUUGGAUUGGGGGAACCGUCUAGCUGCACAUAAUACACAAUGCGCCGCGUGCAUCCACGCCGGUAGUAGCAGCAGCAGCAGGACGACCAGUGCGCCUUACUCGGUACUGUUGAUCGCAUCCUUCGAGCGCUUAGCAUAACACUUGACAAAGUGCAUCGGAUCGGUCAGGAGGAUAAUACGGCAGUUAAAAAUAGAAUCCGAGAUGUACCUACGAUACACUCACCCCCCACUCUUAAAUCCCCCCUCUUAUCCCCUUCAUCAACAUAAGGACGUAAAAGUGUGUGCCGUACGUUUAGAAAUUAUCUCGCGAAAAAGGCCCGCCGGCCGCAACUCAAGAUACGCAUGGAUGCGAUGAAGGUGGACCGUAUUAGUUACUAUUACAACUACUACUACUACGACUACUACUAACCAAGGGGGGAAGUAAUGCUAGUUAAGAUAGAUGCGUUUCUUCGUUCUUCUCACCUCAGAUUACAAUCGGCGGCGUGUUCAGAUCGGCAGAUAAUCUUUAGCUGUACACACUAAGAUAGUUCAAUUGAGACCGAGGGUGGCGUGCGCGUUUAGGCGACAGGUUUAUAAAGAAGUUAAGAACAUUCGGAAAGAUUUAGUCUAUGGUUUAGCUCGCGUUUUAUUUGAUUUUUUUUUUUCGAUAGUUAGAUUUCAAGUCAGCUUUAGUUAUUCUCCUAGAAAAAAAAAAUCUUUCCAUAAUACCUUCGCGGCAGCGCGGCAAUUUUCUUUCGAUAGAUUUUCCGAUCUAUAGGGUGGAAGAAAACGAGGCGAAUAAUUUUCUAUAAUUUCCCCCUUGUUACGAUCUCUAAUUUGCUACAGUUCUGUUCCGCUUGCUUAGAAAGGCGAAGCAGUUCUCCUUAUUACUUUACCUUUUCCCGUACACGGAUGAUGAUACUAAAUCUUAUCGUAAUGCUCACACGCAAGCAAAGAAGAGAAACGGGAAUGUUUCUCACCCACCCCCGUCUACUGCGCCCCCACCCUUGCGUUGGGUGUGUUUCAGUUUUAGUUGUAAGGACGAAUUAAUCUUAUGUUAGGCCGUUUUGUGACACUCGAAGGCACACCAAUUCGAGACAUAAACCAACAGCGCAUUGGUUGCGAACGAAGCAGAGAGAGAAGCAGAAACUACAAGAAGAAAUUUUGUCGUUUAAUAAAACGUUUAUAUAGACGGAAA